AUGAUCUUUUUGUAAUAGGAGGAGGUUCAGGGGGUCUAUCAAAUAGUAAAAUAGCAGCCUAAUAAAGGAAAAAGGUUGCUGUAGCAGAUUUUGUUGUUCCUUUUCCUAAUGGAUAAACAUGAGGAAUAUAAUAAAUAAGUACUUGUUAGAAAUAAAUUAUUAACAAGAAUAGAUGAACAAUAUGCAAAAUUUUUUGAAUAAUAUUGAUAGAACAAGGAAUAAAAUUUCAUCACAGAUGUACACUUCGAAAUAGAAGGUAAAACUGUUACUUGGUAUGUGAAGUAAAGAAAAGAGAAUUCAGAGAAAUUUGAUGCUAUUUUGAUGGCUAUUUCGAGAUAGGCUAAUAAAGAAAAAUUAGUAUUAGA